ACCAACGAAGAAGAAAGGGUAGCCGUUAGCAUAGCAGUUCGCAUUAGGGCCAAAGUGCGACGGUCAAGCGUUGAUCCUGUGCGCAACAUCAAAAUGUUGAAGGUGUUGAUAAGGGAGCGACUCGCUGCGGCCGCCGACGAAAUCUUCGGAUUGUUCGAAAGAACGAUAACGUCGUACGAGGAGCAACUUUGUCGAGCGAGAGAGGAGAGCGAGCGACAUCGACGACAACUGGAAGCUGUUCACAAGACUCACACUGUGAUAUGUGGGGCAGACCUUCAGCAGGUGCUUAGUGAUCAGGGAGAACUUCCCGCUCGGCCGCAUCCACAGCCCUCACAUGUUAAAGUGGAAGAGAAGGCUCCACAGCCCAUCCACAUUAAAGAGGAAGAGGAGCAUCCACAGGCCACUCAGGUUAAAGAGGCAAAGGAGGACCUAGCGCCCCUCCAUGUUAAGGAGGAAGAGGAGGCUGACGUCAACAAGUUCCCACUGACAGGUGUCUCUGCUGAGAGUGACGACGACGAAGACAAAACGCUUCGGUCGUCGCAGCUUCAUCGUCAUAGUCCAAGUGGAGACCACUGUGGAGGACCACCACCAGGCAACCUCUUAGCUCCACUGUCAGACAGUGACGACAUUGAAGAACCUUUGAGGAGCAACGCAGACUGUGAGGGUGACGACAAACGGUCAAAAUGCUCUGAAAGUGAGACAACUUGGAAGAUGAAAACUUCUCAAACACAAAUGAGAACAGGCACACAAGACAACAUUUUCAGUUGCUCAUUAUGUAGCAAGAUAUUUCGACAAAGGACAAAUUUAGUUUCACACAUGAGAACACAUACAGGAGAGAAACCUUUUAGUUGCUCAUUUUGUGGUCAAAGAUUCACUCAAAAGACAAACAUGGUCAAACACCUGAGAACACACACAGGAGAGAAACCCUUUAGUUGCUCAAUUUGUUUAAAAAGAUUCACUGUAAAGUCAACUAUGGUAAAACACAUGAGAACACACACAGGAGAGAAACCCUUUAGUUGCCCAACUUGUGGCCGAAAAUUCUCUCAUAGGGCAGCUAUGGUAAUUCACAUUAGAACACACACAGGAGAAAAACCUUUUCAUUGCACAACUUGUGGCCGAACAUUUUCUCAUAGGGCAGCUAUGGUAAGACACAUAAGAACACAUAUAGGCGAAUAACCCUACAGUUGUGCAACUUGUGGUAAAAUCUUCUUUCAAAAGCCCCACCACACACACACACAGAUUUCGGGUACCGACCAGCCGUAAGAGGAGAUUGGGGUUCUUCUUCGUACCUAUCCUUUGAACCAGAAGCGUGAGUCACGUAGGUCACAGGUCAUGAACUUCAAGUCUCACGCAAGUCCCAGGUCACUGUUGGAAAAAAUCAAGCAAGUCAAGUCAUUACUUGGCUUACGCAAGUCGCAAGUCAAGUCAUACAAUCUUGCUCUAGUCGCAACAUAUAUUGGAGCGGGAGUAAAAUGUGUUUUUCACAAAUCAUAACACGAAAAAAAAAAAGUAUUCACACUUUAUGAAAGUUAGAUAAACAACUGAGAUUAGGAUUGGUUGAAAUUGUUGCUCUGAAUUGUUUUAAAGUUGUAUUUCAAACUCAAUUUAAUUCAACUUUGUUUCUGAACAAACUCUGCUGUGUACUUUGCGGUGACAGCCUUGUAACUCCUACGGCUCCGAAGACAACACAAUUGGGCAAAAGCCAAGACUGUUUUCUGUUGGUCAAAUGUAACUAGGUGUGUAUCUAAUGGGCCAAUAGAGAAUGAAAGAGAUUCAUAAUUAAGGGAAUAAUACAUCACAUAAAAAUGUUGCCAUCCUUAAAACAAAAAAAGUAAUGCCAACAAAAUCGGCAUUUCUGGCAAAAGUGCCCCAUACGACACUUUAAGCUAAUGUCAUUGUACUCGACAUAUAAUGAUUUACUUAUCUUUCUUACAGCUAAUGUCCUGUCUUUUGUUAUCCUCUCUUCCUAUAUUAUUUAGUUAGCUUUUCACUGUCUCUCCAUUUUUGCUUUUUUCUGUCACUUCCUUUUCAAACUUUUUUUCUGUCCCACUGAAAUUUUCAGUAAAUAUCCAUCAGCUUAAAAACUCCACGGUGGCACAGUAAAACUGUUCCAGCAUUAAAAGGAUACAUAUCCUCCUUUCUGUUUGAAAAAAACAACAAAAACAACUGUAUAUUCCUCCUGUGUCAUCUACUUUAAUUAAAUCACUCAGUCGCAUUUAUUAAUUUGGAAGCACUGACUAUGAUUCUGUAAUUCUUUAUGAAUGAUGUCGUGUUACUACCAAUGUUUGCAGUAGAGAUUCCACUACAUGGCGUGGCCCUUCUAUAAUCAAUCAAUCAAUAAAUAAAGAUAAAUAAUCCAAAACAAAUAAUAACACGCCAAUGUCACAAGUGACAUUUUCAUGAAAUAACAUUGAAGGCAUUGAAAUGGGCACUUUCAAAAACAAGUGGUUUCUAAACACGUACGACGCCCGAGCUGAGCGGAGCUGCCACAAGGCUCGAAGGCGGAAGUGACGCAAAAACUCCCUUGUCCGUUGGCGGGCGCUCAAACAGUAACAAUUCAGCUGCACACUCAAUCAGUUAAAAUCCCAAAGGGUACGUAGGGAGAAUGAUCAUCCUUCAUUUUCUUUCU